AUGAAUAGGUUGAGCGAAGUAAUACCGGAUGGACCUGAUGUGGUUAUGAUAUCCGAUAGACAUAAAAGUAUAAUGAAAGCUGUGAGACAAGUAUAUAAACAAGCUGAUCAUGGUUUUUGUGCAAGGCACAUAUCGCAAAACUUGAAAUCACAUGUUAAUAGGGGAGCCGGAAGAAAGGGUUCAAGAGGUGAAACCGUGGCUAAAUUGUUUUUUAAAUGUGCAUCGGAAUACAGGGAGAAGGAGUUUAAAGAAUUGUACUCUAAUUUCAAGAACAUGUAUCCCAAAGCGGCGGAGUACGUGCAAAAAGAAGAACUUGCUCCGGAGAAGUGGGCGAGGUGUAAAUUUCGGACUGAGAGAUACAACUUAUUAACCACCAAUGGUGCCGAAUCAAUCAACUCCGUUUUGAAGAAGGCCAAAAGGUAUCCGCUACUCAGUCUGCUUGAUAUUUGUGUCUCGAAGACGGCAGAAUGGUUCAGUAGGUACAGGGUGGAAGCAUGUGGUGCUGAUGAUUCUCAAAAGUUAACUCCGUAUGUGUACAAAGUGCUGCAUGAACGGUUUGAGAAGGCCUGCACGUAUGAGGUAAAUCUUAGUGAUAGAACCUGUAGUUGCAGAAAGUUUGAUGUGGACAGGUAUCCAUGUAGCCAUGCAAUUGCAGCAGCACAUAAGGUGGGAAAAGGUACUGAGAUUCACGAAUUAUGCUCUGAAUACUACUGGCGAGAGACUUGGGUCAAGGCUUACCAAGAGACUGUCUAUCCGGUGCCCGAUAUUUGUGAUUGGGUUGUCCCGCCCGAAAUUUUAAAUUUUUCAGUGAUGCCGCCUAUAAUAGAAGAAAAACGGCGGACCGGAAGACCUAAACAGAAUCGUUUCCCUGGACCUGGCGAGGCUCGUAAAAGACCCCAUAAUUCAACAUCGUCAUUUUCACAAUCGGAUUCGUCGAAAAGAACAAAUUUGAAAUUAUUCGCAUAA